AUGUCAACUCCAGCGAAGAAGAUUGUUUUGAAGAGCUCAGAUGGUGAGACCUUUGAGGUUGAAGAAGCCGUGGCUCUCCAGUCACAGACCAUAGCUCACAUGGUUGAAGAUGAAUGCGUCGGUGACGGAAUCCCUCUUGCUAACGUCACGAGCGACAUCGUCGUCAAAGUGAUCGAGUACUGCCGCAAACACGUCCCUGUCGUCGUCCCCGACGGUGAUGAUGCUUCGUCUUCUUCCUCCAAAGAGGAGCUCAAGACUUGGGACGCUGAGUUCAUGAAGGAUAUCGAUCAGUCGACUCUCUUUAGCCUUAUCAUGGCUGCGAAUUAUCUAAACAUCAAAGAUCUUCUUGAUCUUACUUGUCAAACCGUAGCUGAUAUGAUCAAAGGUAAGACUCCGGAAGAGAUUCGUACUACUUUCAACAUCAAGAAUGAUUUCACACCGGAGGAAGAAGCAGAGGUUCGCAGAGAAAACCAGUGGGCUUUUGAAUGA